GGCUAACCAAGCUCCCAAGAAAAUGAAGGAAAAUUACUACCUUCCAAUAGCUUACACUGGCAGUUUUCAGUUUUCCUUUAGCAAGCACUUAGUGGAAGAGUUUUGCUUCUGUAUUUUAUAGUUUUUAGCAAGCAAAUGGCAAGUGACUGUGGAUAAAAGCAGAAGCAGCUCAACUGAAGGACGGUGUCACCUAACACAACUUCUGUGCAGAAAGAAGGAAAGAAAUCCGCAUCCAAGGUCUCCAUUGCGUGGCAGUUAGAUCUAACGACGUCAUUGCCUUCCCAGUUGUUUUAAUGUCAUUAGCUGUACAUAUUUUGUGUGGUGAAGAGAAACAAAAUACAGGAUUUCCUGCUCUGCAGCCACUGUACUGGGCUGCAGAUGCCGGCAGGAUUCCAGCUCUCCGAGAACAUGUGGAAGUUUAACGAGGAGUCGCUGGGACUGGGAUUGCUGCGAAAAUCCGUAGGAAAUAAAAGCAGAAAGCUCACUCCUCCUGCUCUCUAGCAUGGAUGUCACCCCCCCGAAGGAUGGGAGUCAUAGGAAGAUGAUGCUACAGGCCCUUGGUUUGUAACCUGCUGCUGCUGAAUUGCCUCUUCCCGAAAGAACAGACCGUUUCCUCAUGGGCUCUGCUCGCGAAUGGCAAAAUCCAUCACCUCUCCGGAGAGCUGCACGAGUACCUGUGAACUCCCCAUGACCCACUAAUAUCCUCAGCGCUGGCUGGAUGAGGUGAAAUGGAAACCCUCCACCCACCUUAAUCACCCCAUGAGCAAAGAGACUCAGGUGAGAUGGAGAGCAACGUGUCCUCCGGGAACUGUACCGAUCCCCAGAUGUCCUUCCAGUCCACCCUGUACGCAACCACGUACACCAUCAUAUUCAUCCCCGGCCUCCUGGCAAACAGCGCUGCCUUAUGGGUCUUGUGUCGCGUCAUCAGCAAGAAGAGCAAAGCCGUCAUCUUCAUGAUCAACCUGGCCGUGGCCGACCUGGCUCACGUCCUCUCGCUGCCCCUACGGAUGUAUUACUACAUAAACCACACGUGGCCGUUUGGAAGUUUUCUUUGCCAGGUUUGCUUCUACCUGAAGUACCUCAACAUGUAUGCCAGCAUUUGCUUCCUCACCUGCAUCAGCAUCCAGCGGUACCUCUUCCUCCUCCAUCCCUUCAAAGCCAAGGACUGGAAGCAGCGGUACGACGCAGCCAUCAGCGCUGCCGUCUGGCUCUUCGUCGGGGCAGCGUGCCUACCCCUGCUCAUAGUGAGGAGCCCAGCCUUGUCCAACAGCACAAACACGUGCUUCUCAGACCUGGGGGUGAAGCAGCUGAGCCCAGGAGCCUCCAUUGCGCUGGUGACGGUAGCGGAGCUGUUUGGGUUUGUCAUCCCCUUCGGCAUCAUCGCCUGCUGCACUUGGAAGAUGUGGCAGUCGCUGCGGGAGUGUCCAACGCAGCUGCAAAACACUAGCGAGAAGCAGAAGGCUUUGCGCAUGGUCUUGAUGUGCGCGGCCGUCUUCUUCAUCUGCUUCACCCCCUACCACAUCAACUUCCCGUUCUUCAUGAUGGUGAUAGAGAACAUCAUCCAGGACUGUGCCGUUCACAGGAGCACGCUCCGCUUCCACCCCAUCUCCCUCUGCCUGGCGAGCCUCAACUGCUGCCUGGAUCCGGUCCUCUACUACUUCAUGACCUCCGAGUUCCAGGACCAGCUGCUGCACCACAGCUGUGCUGCCCUGCGGGCUUGGUUCACACGCCGCGGGAGCAGCCUCUCCAUCACCGAAACUGGCCACGACAUUCGUAUGAAGAGAAAUCUUCCGCGCUUUAAGUUUUGGUCUCUUCCCAAGUUCUUCGGCCGAAUAAACAGCAUGGAAAUCCCCCCCAUGCCACCCGACGAGCUUCUGCUGGAGUCCAUCUCUUGAAACAUAAGCCAUUUCUGUCCAUGUACGUGCUUCUUAUAGCUUGAGUGAAGAUUGCGUUAGGUCUCCAAAUAAGUCUUGAAUUACCCUUGUGCGCAACGGAUGCCAGGAUCUGACCUAAAGGGACAUUUUGAUGCAAAAAGACUUGCUGGUUCCGUUGUUGCUGCUGGGAACUGUUUGCCUUACAGCUUUCUCCAUCAUGAUGUUGUUAAAAUACCCCAAACAGCUGUCACCGAUGCCCGUACUUCUCCUGUGCUGAACUGCAGCCGGGUUCAGGUCCCUCUCAUUUCUGUUGUUUCAGUGCUUCUACAUAUUUGUCAUUUUUGAAAGUCCUUCUGAAUCCUUAGGUGUAAGCAGGCGGCUCAGCCUCAGCACGGCUCAGGCAGGUAGCACCAGGGGAGUUUCAGCUCCAGCCACAGCCACCUGUGGCCCAUGGUGACUUACAGCAUCUGACACACUCGUGUGAGGCUCUAGAUCAGGACAGUUAGUUAUCUCCAUGUAAACUGAACCUCUUUCCAUCGCAAAAAUCAAUCAUCUGGACCUAAUCUAGCCUAAUCCGGACUGCAAGACUAUAACUUUACCAACAUAUAUCAAGCAAAAAGUAUUAACCUAUAUCCACAUCAGUGUUAAAGGGAGUUUUCAAAUGAACUGGGCUCAGCUCAUGCUACUGAAAAAGGUACCCAGAGCUGAGCAAGGAGUCUGCCUGGCUCCUGGGAGCUACGCGAUGCUCAACUGAUUAUGAGGGGAUGAACACUUGGAAGACAGACUGUGACUGGAUAUGCCACAAGCAAAGAGGAAAGAUGAAGGCCAUCUCCCAGGGCACGUUUACUCGCAGAGACCUGGCACAAGCAGCAGGAGGGAGGACUAGUAUUUGGCCUUGCCUUGUGUUAUUAGGAGUCUUGUGUUAUUUGGCAUUUUGCUAAAGCCUGUGGUUGCAGAUUAAGAUGUUAUCCAAGCCUCUCAGUUUUGCUUUAAAAAACAGAAAAGGUCUCAGCCCUCACUAGGUACCGAGAAAAGUUUACAAAACUGACCAAAGUGCAUCCUUAAAGCUUCAAACUUGGGAGGAAAUAAAAUGAUCUCAACACAUA